AUGUGUUACUUAGUUCCAAAAUGUGCACUUAAUUUUAAAGCAACGGCCCCAAAUCCAAUUGACUAUAAGAGUAGUCUACGAUCUGUCGCCAUGGGCGACUUUAACAAUGAUGGUUGGUUAGAUAUUGUUGUUGCCGAUUAUGUUGCCGACAAUGUAGCUAUAUAUUUUGGAUAUGGCGAUGGCACGGUGGCAAGCCCAGUCAAGUAUUACACCGCUCCUGGCUCUGCUCCGUACAUGAUUGCUGUUGGUGAUUUCGACAAUGAUCAUCGACUGGAUCUCGCUAUUGCAAAUUUCGUGCUUUCAGUUGGAUCAUCUCGUCCCGUUUGGAUCCAUGUAGCAGAUCUUAAUAAUGACACAGCAUUAGAUAUUGUCACUGCUAACUACGGUACACACCCUGUAAGCAUAUUUUAUGGAUAUGGAAAUGGAAGCUUCUCAAACUCAAGCACGUACUCUACGGGCUAUGAUUCUUUUCCGUCUGCAGUUGUCAGUGGCGAUUUUAACAACGACAAACAGAUGGAUCUUGCUAUCGCUAAUUAUGGUACAAACAAUGUUGGUAUACUACUUGGAACUAGUAACAAUACUUUCGCGAAUCAAAUCACGUUUUCAACUGGUCCAAAUUCCCAUCCAUAUUCGCUUGCUGUUGGUCAUUUAAACGAUGACACUAUGCUAGAUGUUGCCGUCGCCAACUAUGGAAAUAACAAUGUAGGUGUGUUUCUGGGAUACGGCAACGGAAAUUUCAUGAGCCAAACGACAUAUUCCCUCAGCGGUGCUUCUCCAUAUUCUAUUGGCAUUGGUGACUUCAACAAUGACAAUCGAAUGGAUUUAGUCGUCACCAAUAAUGGUACUAACAAUACAGCUCUAUUUGUCGGAUAUGGUAACGGUACUUUUGCAAGCCCACAAAUGUAUUCAACUGAAUCUUCUUCAUCAAUCUCCAUUGUCAUAGGUGAUUUAAACAGAGAUAAUCGUUUAGACAUUGCCGCCAUCAACAGUGACACGAACAUCAUAGGCAUCAUGCUUGGUUAUGACGAGUUUUUUCCCAUUCAAAGGACAUAUUCAACUGGUCUUUACUCAUACUUUGUAGCUGUUGGUGAUUUUAAUAAGGACACCCAACUGGAUAUCGUCGUCGCUAAUCAGUUGGACAACACUGUAAGUGUCCUUCUCGGAUAUGGAAAUGGCUCUUUUGCACAUCAAGUGACGUAUUCAACUGGCUCUAGCCCACAAUCGUUGGCUGUUGGUGAUUUUAAUAACGACACCCGACUGGAUAUCGUCGUUGCUAAUGAUUUGAACGAAGCUAUAAGUGUCUUUCUCGGAUAUGGCGAUGGCUCUUUUGCAAAGCAAACGACAUAUUCAACUGGCCCUUACCCAGGAUCUGUAGCUGUUGGUGAUUUUAACAACGACACCCAUCUGGAUAUCGUCGUCGCUAAUUUUGGUGACAACACUGUAAGUGUACUUCUCGGAUAUGGCAAUGGUUCUUUUGCAAAUCAGACGACAUAUUCAACUGGUUCUGAACCAUACUCUGUAGCUGUUGGUGAUUUUAACAAUGACACCCAUCUGGAUAUCGUCGUCGCUAAUUUUGGUGACAACACUAUAAGUGUACUUCUCGGAUAUGGCAAUGGCUCUUUUACAAAUCAAACGAAAUAUUCAACUGGCUCUGGGCCACAGUCUGUAGCUGUUGGUGAUUUUAACAAUGACACCCAUCUGGAUAUCGUCGUUGCUAAUCCGAAGGACAAUACUAUAAGUGUCCUUCUCGGAUAUAGCGAUGGCUCUUUUGCAAAUCAAACAAAAUAUUCAACUGGCAAUUGGCCAACCUCUGUAGCUGUUGGUGACUUUAACCAUGACACCCAACUGGAUAUCGUCGUUGCUAAUUUUGGUGGCAACAAUGUAAGUAUCCUUCUUGGAUAUGGUAAUGGUUCUUUUGCAAAUCAAAUGACAUAUUCAACUGGCUCUGGCCCACUCUCUGUAGCCGUUGCUGACUUUAACAACGACACCCGACAGGAUAUUGUCGUUGCUAAUAUCAAUGACAACAAUAUAAGUGUACUACUUCGGUAUGAUAGAGGAGCUCUGAAAGAAAAAAUCACAUUUGCAUCUGCCAAUGGUUCUCAUUUACGAAGCUUUGCUGUUUUUGAUUUCAAUAACGAUAGCCUACUGGAUAUCACCGUUGCCAACUAUGGUACUGAUAACAUAGGUAUUCUUCUUGGACAUGGGACUGCCACUUUUGGAAACCAAACAGUACUCUUAACGGGCUUAAAUUCUCAUCCUUACUCGAUGGCUAUCCAUGAUUUCAAUAACGACGGUCAAGUGGAUAUAGCUGUAACGAAUUAUGGUACUAAAAAACUUGUUACAUUUCUGGGAAGUGGGAAUGGAACAUUUGAAAAUCAAGCAAGUUACGGUGUAGAUUUCGAUUUCGCUCCAUUGGUAGUUGGUGCUGGCAGUUUCAACAAAGAUGGACGUUCAGAAAUUAUUGUCGCAUAUGAUGGCAUCGAUCAUGUAGAUGUGCUUGUCAC